AUGGGCUCCACGUGCCUGUCGUGCGGCGAGCGCGCGGUGAUCCCGGACCCGGACUCGGGCGUGCUCGUCUGCACCUCCUGCGGCGUCAUCCACGACGGCGGCUCGUCGGAGUUCGUCCACCAGGCCACCUUCACCGACUCGGGCGGCCUCGACCUCCGCGUCUCCUCCCUCGUCCGCAACAGCUCCGACUCCGCCUACCGCGACCAGAAGCUCGCCGGCGCCUCCGCCGCCAUCACCUCCAUCGCCACCCGCCUCGGCCUCUCGUUCACGCGCGCCGAGGAGGCGCUCCGCAUGGCCAAGUCCGCCACGGGCGGCGAGCUCGCCACCCCGGGCUCCGCCUUCCUCCCCGCCCUCGCCGCCGCCUGCGCCCUGCUCGUCGCGCGGUCCCACCGCCUCCCGCUCUCCCUCGCCGAGGCGGCCGAGGCCGCCUUCUGCUCCGCGCCCGCCCUCGCCGAUCUGGUCUCCCGCGUCGCUGCCCAGCUAUCCCUCCCCCCGCUCCCGUGCUUCGACUACGCCGCCGCGCUCGAUCGCGCCGUGCACCUGUCGCCCUCGCUCACCGCCGCCGCGGGCGAGAAGACGGAGGCGAUCCUCUCGCAGGCCCGGUUCCUCCUCCGCUGCGCCUCCAAGUGGUCGCUCACCACCGGGCGGUACCCACUCCCCCUCAUCGCGGCGCUGGUGGCUUUCUCCGCUGAGGUGAACGGGGUCACCUCGCUCUCCGUGGAGGACAUUGCUCAGGACAUCUCGGCCGGAAUCAGAACCACUCUCCGUCGAUACAAGGAGCUCGUUGAUGCGCUCGUGCAUGUCGCACGGCAGCUGCUUCCAUGGGGCGCCGACGUCAAUGCGAAGAACCUUCUCCUCAACGCGCAGGUCCUGCUCCGGCUCAUGGAGAUGAGGUCACAGUCAGAUCCGUCUGAAGAGUUUCUUGAGAGCUUCGCUCCGAACAUCGCUGGCAUUGUGCGGGCAUACUCUUCUGUUGAUGACGAUGAGUCCAAAUACCUUCAGAUUGCUCCCGUGGGUGCCGAUGAAUUUGAUUUCGAUAAUUUUGUGCCAGAGGAGAAAGAAUUUGAGGAUCAGAAGAUAACAGAGAAGGGUCUAUCAGAUGCUUACCAAAAUGUCUUAGAGAGGCUUGCCCAGCUAAAGAAACAUGGGAAGGUCAGUAAAGGUGCUGACAGGAGGAAGCGGUGGAAAGGAGGACUGGAGCUGGAGCCAUGGAUGGACUCUGUGGAUGAUGGUUGGAAAAAGGACAUGCUGCUUGAGGACGUGGUGGAUAUUGAUAUUGGAUAUGAUGCACCUCCACCAUCGUUUACUGCUGGUAUGGAGUUGAAGAAGCAAAGGAGAGCCCGUAUUGAAGCUGCUAAGCUGCGAAUUGAUGCGAUUAGGAAGGCCCCUGCUGCUCCAGCUGCAAGCGCAAAUCAUUCACAGCCUGGUGUAAGAAAUGGAGAUGCCUGUCCUCCAGAUGCCUGUCCUCCACAAAAAUCGGCCAGGAAGAAACGUGGGGGAAAGAAGAUGGAUGACAUAGAUCGAAUCAUACUCGGUGACGAUUUGGUAGAGAUGCCAGAUAGUCCAGAUGGCAGGAAGAGACGAAAAAGAGGUUCCUGCGACGGUAUUGAUUGGGAAGAUUGCAUUAUUGAGCUCCUGCUACUACAUGGUGCAAAGGAAGCAGAGAUAGAACAAGGCCAGUACAGAAGAUUGUUGGAGUUGCAUGUAUUCAGUGCAGUAAGUGGAGGAAAAUUGAAAAAUGGUGAUGCAGCGUCUCAAGUCUUUAGUAUAUGA